GACGUAUUAAGAGUCUGGGAGCUGGGCAGCUCCUGGCGUCGCGGGUCUCGCUUCCCCUUUCCCUCCUCUCUGACCCUCCCUCCUCCCGCCCACUGCUCCCUCCUCCCUCCGCGCCCUCCAGCCUCUGCGCGCCCCGGAGAGCUCGCAGACGGCCUUUCCAGGAUUAUGGAGUUUCUGAGCGAGAAGUUUGCCCUGAAGAGCCCGCCAAGUAAAAACAGUGACUUUUACAUGGGCACAGGAGGCGCGUUGGAGCACGUUAUGGAGACGCUGGACAAUGAGUCCUUUUACGGCAAAGCGACGGCUGGCAAAUGCGUGCAGGCCUUCGGGCCGCUGCCGCGAGCCGAGCAUCACGUGCGCCUGGACAGGACUUCGCCCUGUCAGGACAGCAGCGUGAACUAUGGAAUCACCAAAGUGGAAGGACAGCCCCUUCACACCGAGCUGAAUCGAGCAAUGGAUAACUGCAACAAUCUCAGGAUGUCUCCUGUGAAAGGGAUGCCAGAGAAGAGCGAACUGGAUGAACUUGGGGACAAAUGUGACAGCAAUGUAUCCAGCAGCAAAAAGAGGAGACACCGAACAACCUUUACCAGUUUACAGCUGGAGGAACUGGAGAAGGUCUUCCAGAAGACCCAUUACCCGGAUGUGUACGUCAGAGAACAACUUGCCCUGAGAACGGAGCUCACUGAGGCCAGGGUCCAGGUUUGGUUUCAAAAUCGAAGGGCCAAGUGGAGAAAAAGAGAACGAUACGGCCAAAUACAGCAAGCUAAAAGCCAUUUUGCUGCCACAUAUGACAUAUCAGUCUUACCAAGGACGGACAGCUACCCACAGAUCCAGAACAAUUUGUGGGCAGGAAAUGCUAGCGGUGGUUCUGUGGUUACGUCAUGCAUGCUACCACGUGACGCGUCCUCCUGCAUGACACCUUACUCUCAUUCGCCUCGGACAGAUUCCAGUUACACGGGGUUUUCGAACCACCAGAAUCAGUUCAGCCACGUGCCCCUCAAUAACUUUUUCACUGACUCUCUUCUCACUGGAGCUUCCAACGGACACGCAUUUGAAACAAAGCCGGAGUUUGAAAGGAGGUCUUCCAGUAUCGCUGUUCUGAGAAUGAAGGCCAAGGAGCACACCGCCAAUAUUUCAUGGGCCAUGUAACAUACAGUACUCUUUUAUUUUUCUUUUCAUAGCAAAGUAAAACAUUCUUAUUUCUCGUAUUUAAAGGAUACCACAAUAAGCUGCUGUGUGUGGAAGGGCUAAAGGUCAAGAUAUACGGUGAGACCAGCUUACAUGAAUAGUUGUUAUUAUUUAACAUUUAAAUCUAAGAAUGGAUCCCUGAAAGGACUAAAUAGGUUUACCAUGCACCAGCCUCCACAGACUCUGUUUUAGUAGUAAGUUUUUUUUUUUUCCUAUUGUACAAGUCAAUGAAAUAUGGUCAGGCAACUUCUUAAAGGAAUAAAUGUAUUAAACAAAUCCUUCUGUGAUAGAUUGAUUUAUGCUUGUUCUGUAUAACAAGAAAUCCCUUGUAAAGUGAUACCUGAUAAACGAGGAAACACCCCGGGGGAAAAAGACAGUAUUGAUCCAGGAGACUUUGAGAGCUAAUGCCAUUUCCAAUUCUUUGGCUCCAAGACACAAUGGUCAUACACUCUGUUGCAGCCUCAAGAUUCUUUUCUUUUAACCUUUCAAUGUUUUGGUGAAUUUCCACUCAGUCGGGAAAAAAAAAGUCCUUCUGAACUGCUCUGUAUUUGCAUGAAUAUCUGGGCACAGUUUCUUGCAACCAUGUGGUUAAAGGUGACAACUGAAGUAUUCGAGUAUGAUUUAAAGUCUAGUCAACUGGACAGGUUUUAUAAAUGCAACUUUCAAUUGCAGAGGCCAGCAGGCAGACUGCACUUUUGUGAUAAAAACCGAGAACUCAUUAGUAAACGUGCUGUUGCCUGUAUACUAAAAUCAUGUUGAUUGAAUUGCAUACAGACAUAUCUUGCAAAUAAAGGGUAACUUUUCCAUUAAAGGGGUAACAGAUUGGAAUUUAUGUUUGUUAUUGGGCCUAUGCAUGCUCAAAUGCAUGCCUGUUUGGCCUUGACACUCUGUGCCUUUAAGCAUUUUUGCUACUGUGCUAUCCAUAGAGAAUUAGAAUGUCAGGAGGUGCUCUAGAAUUUAAAAAAGAAAAUAAAAAGAAGAAGACAAAUA